AUGACGAAGAAAUUUGUUGAAGAAAUAGAAGACUGUCGUUUGUAUAUAAUUGGAUCUGCUCCUGAAACACCACAACCCACAACUCCUUUGACACCUGUGCUACCACGGCACUUUAGGUCUUCAUCUGCUUCAUCACUCAGUCAGUUGCCUCCAGAUAAAUCUUUAUAUCAGUCACCUGCCACUGGGGACAACUCUCCUGCAAUUAAUCCAACAGACAGUCCAUUACUAAUAAGUGUGGCUGUCUGCUUCUGCCAGAGAUUUACUCUUUUAGAUAGAGUGGGUCGUGAUGGAGAAAUGUAUUACGAAGAAGUUGUCAUAGUAUGGAGAAGGCAAAUGACCAUAACGAUGGCAGCUCACCAGGCACCACAGCAGAAAAACCAAAUUGAACGGAUACAACGGAAGAUUACACUUCUGGAUCAGAGAAUUGAGAUUUCCCUUCGUGAAGACAAGGUGAUUGGGAGAGUGUCAGCAACUCAGAGAGACAAGAUAACUUUCAAGCCACGUAAUGUUAGCUUUUCUUGGCAGCGCGGAUUUAAGAUUGGUGCAGGACGUUUUGGGAAAGUUUACACAGCAGUUAAUAAUAAUACGGGAGAAUUGAUGGCAAUGAAGGUGUUACCACUACAGCCUAAUGACCAUAGAUCCAUCCGAAGAGUUGCAGAUGAACUGAGGAUCUUUGAGGGAAUUAGACAUCCCCAUCUGGUUCAGUGCUAUGGAGUUGAAAUCCAUAAUGAUGAAAUGUUAAUGUUCAUGGAAUACUGUGAUGAAGGUACAUUAGAGAGUUUAGCCAUCAGCACAGAAACAGGCAUUCCAGAAGAACUUGUACGAAAAUAUACAAGGCAGCUAUUGGAGGCAGUGAAUGCCUUACAUGAGAGAAAUAUCGUUCAUAGGGAUAUUAAAGGUGCCAAUAUAUUCUUAACUGCAGAAGGCAACAUUUUGAAGCUGGGAGACUUUGGUUGUGCUGUAAGACUCAGGGGUCAUCAGACUGAAGUGGGAGAAUUGGCUGGUAUUGUUGGCACACAUGCAUACAUGGCACCAGAGAUUUUUCAGUCUAGCGAAGGACAUGGUCGAGCAGCUGAUGUAUGGUCGCUUGGAUGUGUUGUCAUUGAAAUGGCAACUGGCAAGCGGCCGUGGCCUGAGUAUGAUAGCAGUGUGCAGAUUAUGUUCAGGGUUGGAAUGGGGCAGUCCCCCACUGUACCAAAGUCACUUUCAGAUGAAGGUCAUGCUUUUUUGCAGCUGUGCUUCAUACAUGAUCCAAAAUUACGAGCAACAACAUCACAUUUGCUAGACCAUACAUUUGUAAAGGUGGAUACAGGGGAAGACUGUACAUCACUACCUCUUUUUUCAAAUUCACCUUUUGUGCCUUACAUGAAGUUAUCGACUGCCUAAACUUACUAUUUAUGUUCUACAAAGAGUAUCUCCAUUGGUAGUUUGUAUUGGUGCACAGUAUAAUCUUGCAUCCUAGUUGGCUUUUAUGGCUAAUUAUUUUAUGUUUUUAUGCCUAAGUUUUUAUGCCUUUUUCAUUUAUCAAAUGAAAGAUAAGUUAAAAUAUGUCAUUGCUUGAAGAGUUUGUAUAUAGGAACAUGAAAACGGAUGCAGUUAAAACUCUCCCAGAGCUGAAUCCAACCAUAUAUUUGUUGUAGAAUAACCUAUAAUCUUAUAUUUCAUUGUGUAGAUAAUGAAUUUGGGGACUUUUCAUGGAUAUUUUGUGCAGACCAUUUGAGAAUGUCCAUGAGGUUAUACAGUAUCUCCUCCUGAAUAGUGCAUAAAUGUGAUAAACUUUGCUCAUAAAUUUGAACAAACUAAUCAGGAGGAGUUUAAUGUUAACAUGGAAGUUGGGUACGGGUUCUUUCUUUAUCAUUACUAUUUUAAGCUUCUUGCAUAUUCUGGAUUCUAAUUUACCUCGACCUUUGCUGCUAGCUAUUUGCUGCAGUGGUUUCAUGCUCAUGUAUGCAAACUGCAGGGGAUGAUGAUAAAUAUGGAGUGUAUUGUUUGUUCAGAAUUAUGUGCAUUUUGGAAUAUGAAGUUGUAAGCUCCAUUGUGUCUUUAAAGGUUUUAAGGAUGAAAAUCUAGCAUUAUAAACUCUUUCAUAUAUAAAACGUGAUUUCAAGGUGGACAGUGUAAAUUUAUUAUAUUUAUAUUAGAUUGCUAUAUAUUUCACAGAAAGUAUUGUAUUAUCAUAAUUAUGUAAGCUGGUUCUAAUUAUUAGAAAAAUUUGUCACACGCUUUAGAAGAGUAUUUAAAUUUUUGGAAAAUAAUUUAGUGUAUAUUAAAUACCAGCUCUUAUAUACAGAAGAUGUUGGAAAUUUUAAAUUUAGAAAAUCUGGCAAAACAGAAAAGUUGUUCACUUUAAAAGCAAAAACAUUUUUUCAUAAUGCAUUGACGUUUGCUUUGAGUAAAGAAAACAAAAAGAUAUCAGAAUGUUAUCUAAAUGAAUUGCAGACUACAGAAAUAUACCCUUACGUCCUUUUUAUUUUUAUUAUAAAUAGUGUCUCAAAUAUGAUACAUUGUUUUGUUAUUUAUAUAUUUUAUGUGGUUUUUAGUUAAUAAUAACUUUAAAGAAAUGAA